CCAUAUGGCAGAAAUAAAAUUGCAGUGCCUGCUGAAGUGUAGCCAAUUUUCAUGUGGAAACUGUGGCUUCGUUCAGUUUGAAGAAGUUGUCGCGAAUCCAUUAGGUCAGAAAAUUCAAUUUUCUUCCAGGCCAAAUGUCGCGUCGAAUAAAAGCUUGAACAAACAAAGUAUGAAGACGACACAACUUUUUCCUCCUUUGGAAACGUGCGUACGCGCGUGCGAAUCAAGCCAAUUGAGAAUAAGAUGCAGAUGGAAAAUAUAAGUUUGGCAUUCCUCUCGCGAGGAAGAAAUCGGGGAGGAAUUGUAAUAAAGCUGAAGAAGGAUGAGCACAAGUGCGUGGUGACAGCGGCAAUCGAGUGGGAGGAUGGAUGCGGUGCAUGCGCUGGUUGCCUACACAUAAGUAUAAGAGCUGGACCGCACUGGCUGCCUCCCUUAUUUGCGGCCACACCGACCUUUUCGCACCCUGCUCGCUGGCAAAUAGCUCUCGUUCGUCUUUCCGUUCAGAGUAAAAAAAUGACGGCCUUCCCUCAGUUAGCGAUCUUCCUUUCCUUUUUCUCGGCACUAUCUUUGGCCCUUCCUGCUGCACUUGUGGAUUCAAGCAAGGUUACGACACCAUCCAACAACCAAAACCUGUCUGUUAAGUCUGGAAUUCUCGGGUUGACUUUGCCGUCGAGUUUCGUAGAAAAACGCACAAGACGAUCUGCUGAGCACAUUAUAACAGAUUGCAUGACUGUUGCGUCAGAGGAAGGCAAUUACUACUUCAAAGGUGACACCGGCGGUGAGGUGUGCGGCUUAUACCUGCUCACUGAUCCUGAUCGCAGAGUGCACCUCACCCUCAGUUACGUUGAUGUCCCGUGCUUGCAGGGAGGCCUUGUCGCGCUUUUUGAUGGCUGGGAGCUGAACCGCGAGUAUUUCCCCGCUGAGGAGGACCACCCUCUGCCAAUGCGCCGGCGAUUCAUCGAAACCUGCAAUGGAGCCCCUGCAGAGGAAUCUACUUCCGGCCUCCGCGGGGUCGCAGCUGCCCCCAGCGCGUUCGGCCAGCAGAAAAGGAGUCUCAUGAGCUACCAGAACGCGGCUCUUGUCCAGUUCAGGGUGCCGCAGAAGUCGCGCGGCUUUACCGUGUCGGUCCGCUUCCCCCGGAAUCCUGCCCCUUGCAACAUUCUGCUGGAGGGUACUGCUGACGUCUACACUCUGCGCAAUUACGGCAAAUCGGUCAAUUGCAGCCUUGCCUCACUCUUUCCUGCCAGGGUAACAGUUCUGUCUCUUAGUGUCGGCAUGACAAACACCAAACGCAACCUCGAAAUGGAAAUUGGAACCAUUCAUAAGUGUGAGAAGCGCGGACUCACAGAUUAUGUCGAAGUAGGCGGAUCAGAAGGGUUGGACACGCGGCACUUGGCUUUAGCCGACUCAAUCUGCGGUCUAGAUUCGAGGCCAGGGAGCACUGAGGAGACGGUGCUUUGCGGCGUGACUGCUGUUCGUUUGGUGUCGAGUGGCGAGUUUGACAACGCAGUCACCGUGGCUGUUCGGCCGGCCAGCGAGGAAGACAUGGCGGCGGUCGUUUGUGGUCUUUAAUUCUUACGACACGUUUCCUCUUCGUGCGAUAUUGUGCAUCUGCGAAACCUGAAACGACACGAUGUUAGCUGACUAGUUGAUCACAUUUUUUGUUUCCUGCUGUGCAAAUCCCAAUUGUAGAUGAUGUGUAUUCUGAUAAGCGCUGUAACCAUUAUUUAUCACACAUAUAUACGGAGAGCGCCUAAGCCCCACUAUUUUUGAACUCAUUUCUGCCUGUCCAAAAAUGAUGGUGUCAUAAACAGCAAACAUUGUAAAACUUCCCGUAAACGUUUCAUAUUUUUUGACAUUUUAUUGAAUUACCACUUUCCUCUUCAGAGUCUGCACAGUGUAUUCAUUCGUGGGUGUGUUUCUUUUUUAGAGUCUGUCAAUAAAGAGAUAAAAUCUAAUGCAAUAAACA